UCUUCCACUUUACGCGCCUCUCUCUCCUUCCUCUCUCUCUCUGGCCAAUUCCCCAUUCCCACCACCCCACCCCACCCCACCGUCGCCACCCGCAAAUCCCCUUCGGAUCGCGAGGAGCCGGCGGCGAGCGGCGGGAAACACCCCCGAUUCCCCUCCUGACUGCCUCCGCGCGCCCUGAUUGGCAGAAACUGCUAUUGAUCAGUACAAGAUGCCUGUAAGCUUUAAAUAUUGGGAUGACUGCUUGGAUCCAGAUGAUAUUCGAUUAAUGUGGGCAGAUCCUCAUGUAAGUAAAGAGUGGAUUGAUGCUGGGGAAGAACAGGGACAGAAAGUUCACCUAUCACGGGAUCCUGAUGGCGAGGCAUAUCUGACACAAACUGAAAUUAUGGCAGUUGCUGCAAUUACUGUUCAGAGGCAUUUCAAAUCACAGCUAGACCCGUAUAUGAUAGGUGCCCUUGCAGAAAUUGCGAGUGGAAGGAGGCUCUUUGUGGAUGACUAUGAUCGCAAGACUAAGGAGACUAAGAUGGGCAUAAUGCAGGUGACACCAGAAGUUGCUCAAUGGCUUGGCAGGGAACUGGGUUACAAGAAUUAUGACAUUGAACUUGAAGACAAUAUUGAUUUGCUCUACUGGCCUUUUAUAAAUGUCUACUUUGGCGCUGCUUAUGCAAAGUGGCUCUUCUCAUGUGAUGAAAAAGAAAGAACUGAAGAAUUUGUCGUUAGAGCUUACAAGGGAGGCAGAAAGAAAGCUACUCACAAGUCAUCUGCCCCCAUUUUCGAACGUUAUCUUUAUGUGAAAGAGAUCUUGCUCUCUAUGAGACAACCAGACAGUUUCAAUGAGCUCGCUCCUGAUCUCCUAGAAAAUUCCUCAACUGCAGGAACACAGCUGGUAUAUUGGGAUUCCAAAGUGUCAGAGGAAGAUAUGGGUGGAAUGUGGAGUCAGCCUGACGUGUUGAAGGAGUGGACAAAUUCUGGCGAGCGGCGUGGAAAUGUCAGAUUUUCGCAUGAUGCCAAGAAGAGACCGUAUCUUUCUCGAGUUGAGGUCAAGGCUGUUGCUGAAAUAAUCAUAUCUCGCCAUUUCAGCUCAAGAGGAGUAAAGCCGGAAGCCCUAGCUGCUCUUGCAGAGGUGAGCAGUAUGCGCUUUGUCCAUGGAGUACGUUCUCGGACAGGAUUGAUGGGAAUAGAUUACCCUACUGCUGCAUGGCUUUCCAGAGAUUGUGGCUAUACGGCAUACACAGUGAGCUCGGUGGAUGAUCUCUACAAUCCAUUUGCAUCCAUGUACUUUGGAGCAGCUUACUUGGGAUGGUUGUCACGAUAUGAAGGAAGGGAGAGGAGCCAUGAAUUCAUUGUUCAAGCUUAUCUUGGGGGACCAGACAAAGUUAACCUUCAGGAAACUGGACCAUAUUGGAAGAAAUUUCUGGAGGCUUUAGUACACUAUGAAGAUCCGAAGAAGGACCAGACGAGCUGCUGUAUUUUGUAAAAUCGUGAUGUCUUCAUACGGUUUUGUUUACUGAAGACCGCAGGCUGUAAGUAGCAAAGCUUCGUUUUCACCAUCUUGUAACUGAAGGAAACUCGGAUUUAAAUAAUCCACGUAGCAGUAAACACUUCAUUUGUAAUUUUUGCUGGCCUUUUGGUUGGUCUGGUUUUUUCAAACGAACUUUUGUGAUUCUCUGUAGCCUGUACAUUAUAUUUGAAAAGAAGUCACUGUUUAGUAAA